AUGCUGCAGUACAUGCGGUAUUUACUUUGCACCUAUCACAAGAUCAGCAGAGCUCCUGCAGAGCUCAGGCGAGCAGCCCACAAGCAAGCGCGUAUGUUCCGCAAAGUGCGACCCUCACGGAUUGUCACUAAUGCUAAUGAGUUACUGCGCGCAAGCGCAGAGUGGCUAGAUCAGAACGAAGUUGAAGGAGCAGAUGAUUUUACUGAAAAUCAUAUGGAUAUGUAG